UGCGCGCGCGCGCGCGCGCUAGUGUGUGGUGGCUUGGCUGCACUGCAGUGCUCCACAGAUUUGGGAAGGUCGGAUCUACGGUGUGACGUCAGAAGGAGAAGCGGCCAUUAGGGCUCUGAAACAGCGCGCGGAUAAAAGCCUCAGCAUCACCGCACAGUCCGGAACAGACACGAUGCACAGGAUAACGGGCUGAUCCCGUCCCUGUUACUGCAGCAGCCGGACUGAACCAUGCCGCUACAAGCCAGGAGGUAGCUAAAGGACAGGAGAGAAGAGGAGAAGGGGUUUGGGACAGGACCCCAACAAGGGGCCGGAGAUCUUUAGUGGACACGCUCAGGACGCACAGGACGCACAGGACCGUCUCCAAUCCCAUGAACAGUCUGAAAUCUAAAGUCAUUAAAAGUGCAGCCUUUUUUUUUUUCCCCCAAGAGAGACGAUUUCAACAAACUGCGGCUGGGUUUCUUUCUGAAUGUUCAUCUGCAGCACGCAGCUGAGAAAUGGGAGCUUUAACCAGCAGACAGAAUGCUGGAGUGGAGGAGGUGGACAUCCCAUCCAACUCUGUGUACAGAUAUCCACCCAAAAGCGGAAGCUACUUUGCCAGCCAUUUCAUCAUGGGAGGAGAAAAGUUUGAUUCCACCCAUCCUGAGGGCUACUUGUUUGGCGAGAACACAGAUCUUAACUUCCUGGGAAACAGACCAGUUACAUUCCCGUAUAUUGCCCCACCACCUCAUGAGCCAGUUAAGACCCUCCGAAGUCUCGUCAACAUUCGAAAAGAUACUCUCCGGCUGGUCAGAUGUACCGAAGACAUGAAGUUGCCUGUGCAUGAAGCCGGAAAGAGUUGUAGUUGCUACAACAUCGAGUUUACCUUCGAUGCUGAUACACAAGUCGCCAUCACUAUUUACUACCAAGCUGUUGAGGAAUUCCACAAUGGUGUGCCAGUAUACCUGCCGCAGGACAGCUCUCUGAAAUCAGAGACGGUGCAUUUUAAGAGAGGCGUCUGCCAGCAGUUCUGCUUGCCCUCGCAUUCUGUCAACUUGUCCGAGUGGUCAGACGAGGAGCUUUUAUUUGACAUGGAUAAAGAAGUUUUCCCUAUGGUGGUUCAGGCGGUGGUGGAUGAAGGAGACGAGCAUUUUGGACACACGCACAUUCUUCUGGCCACAUUCGAGAAGCACAUGGAUGGCAGCUACUGUGUAAAACCAAUGAAGCAGAAGCAAGUGGUGGAUGGUGUUAGUUACCUACUUCAGGAGAUUUAUGGCAUAGAAAACAAAUACAACAGUCAGGAAUCCAAAGUGGCUGAAGACGAGAUCAGCGACAACAGCGCGGAGUGUGUGGUGUGUCUAUCAGAUGUCCGUGACACACUCAUCCUCCCCUGCAGACACCUGUGCUUGUGUAACGCCUGCGCAGACACUCUGCGCUACCAAGCCAACUGCUGCCCGAUUUGCCGUCUGCCGUUUCGAGCGCUGCUGCAGAUCCGAGCCUUGAGGAGGAAGAUAAGCCCUGUCUCCACUACCGGCUACAAUCCAGCCAUCACGUCCCAGUCCUCGGACUCUGAGGAGCAUUCGGCGGCUGAACACAUUCCCCAGGGUUUCGAGGCCGUGUCUCUUUUAGAGGCACUUAAUGGCCCACUGAACCCGUCACCCUGCACUCCUGCACUGCACGGCCUGACAAAAGCUCACAUCUCAGGCAUUCUGCCUGCGUACGGCACUGCGAGUCAUCACACGGCCACACACUCUCUGUCUCACUUAGAACACUCUGUCACCUCCAGCCAAGGCCUCAAGGUCAAGAAGAGCAGCUCUAAGUCUCUCUCCCAGAAUUCCCAGAACUCCUCUGUGCUCCCUGAGGAGGAGGAUGAGAAGUCAUGCAGUGAAUCAGAAGCUCAGGUGUGCAGGAGGAAACUGCCUGUGGAUCAGCAAGAGUGUGGUAUAACACCAGAGAGUGACAAUUUCACCCUGUCCUCGUGUGGCGCUAUAGAGCAGUCUUCCUGUAGCGGCACCCCUCUGUCCUCCACCAUUACCUCACCUGAAGACCCAGUGAGCAGCAGUUUGGCUCAGUCUGUCAUGUCCAUGGCUUCUUCACAGAGUCAGAAUUCACGCAUCAGCACAGACACUCUCUCUUCCAUGUCUGGCUCCUACCUGCCGGGGGUUGAGGGGGACGUACGCCACCAGAACACCCCCGAGAGCCGGCCAGCUUCCCAGCAAGAGAGCGAGAAAACCCCCAGUGAGUCACAUGACCACAGAUUCAUGGUAGCAGUGGUCGAAGAGCAGGAUUCGGAGGGAAACGAUGUCACUGAGGAGGACUGUGCGUCUCCUACUAAAGACCAGGGUGGGCGCAGGAGGAGUGAGGUGCCUUGUCCAGAGUUUGACAAUAACAAUCAGGGGCGGUCUGACACCCACUGUGUGACAGGCCUGGACAAUGAACAGGCUCCUGAUGGCCAAUUCGCCGAUCUGCUCUACCUGGAAGCCACUUGGCGUUCCCAUGAGUCCCUGCUUCAGCAUGCCUCUAACAGCAACAUCAAUCUGGAUGAGCAGAGCGUCACCAACAUUGGGACGAGCCCGAAAAACACACCAAAAACACGCCACGGACCUCUAGCUGUGUAAACGGAAUUCCUCCAGCGUCCGACUAUAAUAGCGACUCCACGUCUCGCCGUCUGAUUUUAAAAGCAGGACAAUUCGUUUCUCAGAUCUCAAAAAAGAGUAGGAUUCAGCGGCGGCUUUCUCUCUCAGCCUUCACUCCGUUGCUUCUUUACCGAUGUAUGUGGAGAAACACUCAUGAUGAACAGACCGGUGGACGUCUGACUCAAAUACGAGCUUCCGGUUAAGUAUUAAUUAGAAGUGUAUUCAUUUAAACCACAGGAACUCGGGCACUUUAGGCACAUUUCCACCUGAGGAAGCUAGAGCGACUGAAUUCCUGGGCUGGACUUUAGUUCCAAGAACCUUUUAUAGUUCCUUGAACUAACUAACUAAAGAGACUUAGAAGACUAAAAUCUACAUACUGAACAUUUUUUUUCUUUAUUUCCAGUUGCCUGCUACACCACACACCAUACAAUAUUUUCCUGCCAUGGAUACGGUCAGUUUUCGUUUUUUAUUUUUUUGUUUGUUUUGUUUUUCCAGCCCAGAAAUAAGCUCCGCCCUCAGCUGCAACAGAGCUGCUCAGGUAUUACCCUCCCUUUUCCUUCAAAAAAAACAAACAAACAAACAAACAAAGAAAACUAAACUUAACAUAUUUUCUGUCUCAUUGUAAAAGCGAUUCACCUUUCAUGUAGCGGUAGCCUGUUAAAAAAUUACAAACUGCCGCUUUAAUGCUUAAUUCCAUUGUUAUUUCUGUAGUACGGUGGAAAUGUGUCUAUUGUUACGUGUGCUGGUUUUCAGUCCAAGCACCUGGAGUCUAAAUCACAUUUAAAAAAAAAACAAAAAACAAAAACACAUAAAAGUGAAUUAACUAACCGCUUGCAUGCACGACUAAUCCUUUCAUGAUCCACUUUGCACUCCUGAAGAUUCAGUGUUUGAAUGUCAGAAUCAACAUGUUGCACUUCCUGUAUCCCUGGGCCAGGUGAAGCAAACCGAAGGCAGAUUUUACAAGCCGGUUCGCCUGCUUGUUCCUGUAAGAACUUUAUGGACUUUAGAGCAAUAACACCUCCUCACUGAGCUGCUCUUACCAUCGUGCAUGUUAACAAAGCCACAAAAUCACCUAAAGCUCCAAAGCUGCCUCGCCUUGAAGUCUUCAUCUGACCGUGCUGAUGGAAGAAAUCUGCCACCACCAUCAUAUAUCACACAGAUAACGCUUUUAAUAUCACGAAGGCACGAUCGUUUGGAACUUUCAGGAAGGCUACACCUUACAUUUUACACAUUACAGGGAGCAGAUUUAAAAAAAAAAGAUACGUACGAGGGUUUGCCGAGAAAAAGUGCCAUGACUUUGGCAUGCCGAGUCAUAUAAUGUGUUUUUAUUAUUAUUAUUAUUUUUUAUCAUUCCACAUGACAACGAGUGCACUGUAGUUGAUUAGAUCCUUGCAAAAUGUUUACUGAUUUUACUGGAAAAUUAAAAAAAAACUUGCGUUUCAGUCUCACCAAAUGACCCGUACUGUAACCAAAUAUCAGUGAUAUAUAUGCACUUCCUAACAUUCUAAAAGUGCUCAUCAGUGUCAUGUAGGUGGCGCUAGAUAACUGUUUCGUCCACGUUUACAUUAACGAAUGCGGUCUUUCUUUGUUCCGCAAACUUGGCAUGAAAGUCUAAUCGCUCUAACCAGAUUUCCUCAGAGUUUUCUGGUAAGCUUUCUAAAACAAAAUUAAAAGUAAACUAACAGUGUCUCGUUUAUUUGUAUCAGUUGAAGAGAAACGAUCUGUUCUGAUUCAGAAAAAUGCCUUUGUGUUCGGUUACAUCCCUACAUCACCAGCAUGUCAGGAAAACCGAUACUAAACUGAAUCUGUCCUUGUCACUCAGGGAUACAUUUAAUAUCUAUGGAUAUUAAAUGUAUCACUAAAAGGCUUUAAUGUAAUAAUAAUUAAUGGUGCUUGCAAAUGGUCUUGCUAUCUUGCAUACGGAUUGUUCUUCUUCCGGACAAAACUUGGUGUGUAACUUGUCCCGCAGCUUUUGUCUUAGACCCAUGAAUGAGGUGUCAAAUCGACCGGCUCAUUGAGGAGAGCUGUGCUAUGACUUUUAUAAGCGAUCC